UCGUGUGGGAAGCUCGGUGAAUGCGGCUGCAGAAAGGAGCCAGCACACUUCAGCGCCUGACACGGAUACUGCUCUGUCCUACAGGAGGAGUGAGGGGGGACACCACCAGCUCCUCUCCUCUUUGAACCCGUUUCCUCCGACUGGAUAUUCUUUUGGCUUUAAAGAAAGAACUAUUUAUCUCCAUGAUAUCUCCUUCAGUGGACGCGCGGAGUUGGCAGUCCUCUCGUGCACCGCAGCACACUGAAUAGCUGCAUUAUUUCCACGCUCCGGACUCCUGUUCCUCUCCGCUCUUGUUUCUCCAUCACCUUUUUUCACCCAAAAGAAAAUCCCUUUGCAUCCUGUAAAUUAACUGAAGAGAAAACAGUUUGUUUUGCAGAGAACUGGAUUUACGCCUGUAUUGAGGAUAACGUCCUGAUGCCCUCACCCUGAUGGAAGCCUACCUCCAGCUCUCUCCCUGUGCGCAACUUGGCCCCGAACAAACCAGUGUUUACUCAUUGGAUGGUCGGGCGUUUCUGAAGCCAGGCGCGCAGUGCUGGCUCUCCGUGCCCUGACACCCAAUUACCUCCUAAUCCAAUUUUGAAAAAACAAAACAAGCUCCAAGAAUGACAGACUUACUUCCCUGCAUCGCUGACCGUCUUGCGCCUUUCUUCACACCUUGGAGUCUCCGGAUGCGCUGUCAAGAUCUGUAAAAGCUGUCUCUCUCCCCCCUCACCAUCUAUCUCUCUCUCUCCCCUCACCACCUAUCUCUCUCUCUCCCCUCACCACCUAUCUCCCUCUCUCCCCUCACCAUCUAUCUCCCUAUCUCCCACUUGCAAACCAAACGAAUGCUCUCCCAUGGAGGUAGCACAGCCACCUUGGGGACCGAGCGAGAGGGGUGAUUUUUACAAGCAAGAGGAGCCCGUCAGCAAGAGACGCAUCGGGUGAAAUCGGAAACCCCCCCCCUUCUCUACCUCCUCCUCCUCCUUCUUCUUUCUCCAUCUCCACCGCACCCCCGCCAGUUUGCUCGGAUCGGGUUGAUAUACAGUAGCUACAUGGGGAAGUAGGGGGCUGCUUAGGAACCUUGUUGCGCCCCUAUAAGUGUCCUACUUCAGCCGGGAGCACUGUCUGUCUCCAUGUCUCCCCGAUGCUGCCCCGUGUCUCCGGAGGGAGCCGCAUGCACCACCACCUCAGCUUUGGGUUACUAAAUGGUUUUCUGGGGGAGGAUUUCUAACCGGCGAGAUGCUGCUCGUACUCCUGCUGGCAGCCUUUUCUUCCUCCAUCUCCGGCUCCUUCUCCUCCUCCCUCUCCUCCCCCCCCAUGUCGGACGGACCCCAGAUGGCAGACCCGUCCGCCUCGGACUUGAUGGUGGAGACCUGCAGCGUCUGCUCCUGCAUGUCCGUGGAAAACGUGCUGUACGCCAACUGCGAGAAGAUCACCGUCUAUCGGCCCACGCAGCUCCUCCCGCCGGCCUCAUCCCUGUACCACUUGAACUUCCAAAACAACUUCUUAAUAAUCCUCUACCCUAACUCCUUCCUCAACUUCACCCACGCUGUGUCACUGCAGCUGGGGAACAAUAAGCUGCAGAACCUCGAAGCUGGAGCGUUCAUGGGGAUGAGUGCGUUGAAGCAGCUGCACCUGAACAAUAAUGAGUUGAAGGUGCUGCGAGCCGACACUUUCUACGGAAUAGAAAACUUGGAAUACCUUCAGGCUGACUACAACUUGAUCAAAUACAUAGAAAAGGGAGCUUUUAACAAGCUGCACAGGCUAAAAGUAGUCAUCCUCAAUGAUAAUCUGGUACAGGCACUCCCUGACAACAUAUUCCGCUUUGCCUCACUCACACACCUGGACAUACGGGGGAACAGGAUCCAGAAGAUCCCCUACAUCGGGGUUCUGGAGCAUAUUGGGCGAAUAGUAGAGCUGCAGCUGGACGACAACCCCUGGAACUGCACCUGUGAUUUAGCACCUCUCAAGGCAUGGCUUGAAAACAUGCCCUAUAACAUUUUUAUCGGAGAGGCCAUAUGUGAAACACCAAGUGACUUGUACGGCAGACUCCUGAAAGAAACCAACAAGCAGGAGCUUUGUCCCAUGGGAACAGGAAGUGACUUUGAUGUAAGGAUGCCACCUGCAUCGCCUGAUAAUGGGCAGUCACCUUCAAAAAUGUCCCCGACCACUGUGGCUCCUCUGGCAACGAAAGGGCCAAAAGCCACUGACUCAUCCAAGAUUUAUGGUAAUGGAAUUGUGGCCGGUUUACCCCCUUUUGGAAGAAAUAGCCAGAUUGUUUCCUUUCAAACACGGACCCCUCCGUUGACGUGUCCACAGCCCUGCAGCUGUAAAGCCCACCCCUCUGACUUUGGCAUCAGCGUCAGCUGUCAGGAGAGGAAUAUUAAGUUUUUAGGUGAUCUUAUCCCCAAACCCCCAAAUGCCAAGAAACUUCACCUGAGUGGAAAUUACAUCCGUGACAUAAGCCCGGCUGAUUUCCAAGGCUUUGAGGGAUUAGAUUUGCUCCAUCUUGGCAGCAAUCAAAUUGUCACAGUGCAGAAAGGUAUUUUUUCUAACCUCACAAAUCUGAGGAGACUGUAUUUAAAUGGCAACCAGCUGGAACAGUUACACCCAGAGAUGUUUUUGGGCCUCACAAACUUACAGUACCUAUAUUUGGAAUACAAUGCCAUAAAAGAAAUCUUAGCGGGUACAUUUGAUGCUAUGCCGAACCUACAGCUCCUGUACCUCAACAACAAUGUACUGCGGAGUCUCCCUGCCUACAUGUUUGCGGGUGUGUCUUUAGCCAGGCUGAAUCUAAAAAACAACCACUUCAUGACCCUACCAGUGAGUGGUGUCUUGGACCAGCUGCGAACAUUGACCCAGAUAGACCUAGAAGGGAACCCGUGGGACUGUUCAUGCGAUCUUGUCGCCCUUAAACUCUGGCUAGAAAAGCUGAAUGAUGGAGUGGCUGCCAAAGAGGUGAAAUGUGCCUCUCCUGUGCAGUUCUCCAACAUAGAGCUGCGUCUCUUGAAAAAUGAGAUCCUGUGUCCUAAGCUUAUUGCUAGACCUCCAUUUAUUUUCACUGGCCCCACCCCUAUGUUGACGUCAGUGUUGCCUGCCGGAGUUGGAAAAGCCCCGCCGGCAGGUCCUGUGCCUCUCUCAAUCAUGAUCCUCAGCAUCCUCGUAGUGCUUAUCGUGACUGUGUUUGUGGCCUUCUGCCUUCUAGUCUUUGUCCUGAGGCGGAAUAAAAAACCAGCGGGCAGGCAGGAGGGGCUUGGGAAUCAAGAGUGCGGCUCCAUGUCGUUGCAGCUCCGCAGACACGGUCACAAAUCUGGCAAGAAAGGCUCCAUCCCGGGAGACGACUUGGGAGGCGAGACGUUCAUCCCCCAGACCAUCGAGCACAUGGGCAAGAGCCACACCUGCGGGAUCGGACGCUCCUCCGACAUGGACGCUGGGUUCAAGUUCGCAGACUCGCAGAGGCAGAAAAUCAUCCUGCGGAACAGCGCCGACAAGGAUAAAGACUCGCUUUCCACCCUGGAGCGCAACAAGCGCCUCAGCACCAUCGACGAACUCGAGGAGUUCCUCCCCCACCGAGAGCCCAGCAUGUUUAUCCAGAACUUCCUGGACAGCAAAAGAGAUUUCAACAGUAUCGGGAUGGGCGGGUACGAAAUCCGCUACCCCGAAAAAACGCAGGAUAAAAAGAUGAAGAAGUCGCUGAUAGGCGGGAACCACAGUAAGAUCGUGGUGGAGCAGAGAAAAAGUGAGUAUUACGAGCUCAAAGCCAAGCUCCAAGGAACGCCUGAUUACCUACAGGUGCUCGAGGAGCAGACUGCGCUGAGUAAGAUGUAGGGAUUGUUGUGUUUGAUUUAGUGCAUUGAUUACAUACACAAGGAGGUCAGACACACAUGCAGGCAGACAGACACACAACACAUUUGCCUUUCUCUGGUUCUUUCUCCCCCGUUGGCCACACACACACUGUUCAACCCCCCCCCCCUCGAUCUCUUUCUUUCUGUCUUCUCCUGUCUUCUCUGCAGCAC